CCCGCCGGCACCGCCUCCUCUCUGCUGAGCUGCGGAGGACACAGGACAGACUCACUGCGGAGACUUCUGCAAAGGGACACGGGGAAGGGCUACAGAGAGGAGUCUAAACCUGCCACUGCUGCUGAGCCCCUUGCAAAAUCUGUCUAGGUUCUUUCAACUCCUAUGAGGACUCGUCCAGGAUCCAUCACCACUCACUGACCAACACACCUUAGAGGCUGCCAUGUCUGUCUGAACCCACAGAUCUUCUUGCAGCCAUGGCCCAACAGAGCACUGAGCUGUCCCAUUGCUAGGCGACGGGGCAUCCGAGAGGGCAGAAGACAUGUUGGGACAGAGGCCCGGGGACCACUGCACUGAAUUCUGUUACUAUAGCAAAUACUGUAGUAACCAUGGAAACGCUAUGGAGGACUGGUCUAGUCUGCAUUGUCAUCGUCAUCUCGGUUGCCGCAGAGGUCGAAGAAGAUCACAGAGAUGAGUUCGCCCAGUCACAAGCUGCCUUCCUGUCCAAUCUAGGCCGGUAUGAGAUUGCCAUCCCGGUACGUGUAGGACCUAAUGGAGAGACGCUGGAUGCAGAAACGCCGCAACAUCACAGAAGACGGAGCCGCAGCACUGAAGACAGACUGCCUGACUCUCUCUUCUACCAGCUGUCCACGUCACGCAACAACUUCCUGCUGAACCUAACACUGCAGGGAGGCCUUCUUUCGCGACAGUUCAGGGUUGAGUACUGGAAGAAAGGUCGAUUAGCCUGGAGUCAUCCUUACUCUCCCCACUGCCACUAUGUAGGACACCUCCAAGACCAGCCGCACUCCAGCAAAGUGGCCCUGAGCAACUGUAAUGGCCUGCAGGGGGUGAUUGUUGCAGGGGGAGAGGAGUACCUGAUUGAACCCCUUGUCUCACCAGAUAACCAGACCAGAACGGAGAGGGGGGAGAGAGCUGAGGGGCGCCCCCAUGUGGUUUACAAGCGUUCAUCGCUCCGCCAUCAGUACAAGGGCCAAUCCUGUGGAGUAAUUGAUGAGAAGCCAAUGAAAGGUGCGUCAUGGUGGCAGAGAACUCUGAAGACGCCUCCCCAUCAUGUUGGUCGCGGCCAGCUGCCUCUCAAGCGCUCCGUUAGCCGGGAGCGCUACGUGGAGACGCUGGUGGUGGCCGACAAGAUGAUGGUGGGUUACCAUGGUCGCAGAGACAUCGAGCAGUACAUCCUGGCUGUCAUGAAUAUUGUUGCCAAACUGUUCCAGGAUUCUAGCCUGGGGAAUGCAGUCAACAUUGUAGUGACACGGCUCAUCCUGCUCAUGGAAGACCAGCCAACACUAGAGAUCAACCACCAUGCAGGGAAGUCUUUAGACAGCUUCUGUAAGUGGCAGAAAAACAUCCAGCACCGGAGCAGCUACGGUAACGCCAUACCAGACAACGGGAUCGCUCACCAUGACACUGCCGUCCUUAUCACCAGAUACGACAUCUGCAUCCAGAAGAACAAGCCCUGUGAAACCCUAGGUCUGGCUCCUGUAGGAGGGAUGUGUGAGCCAGAGAGGAGCUGCAGCAUCAAUGAGGACAUCGGCCUGGGAACAGCCUUCACUAUUGCCCACGAGAUAGGACACACGUUUGGGAUGAACCAUGACGGUAUGGGGAACGCUUGCGGGCCACGCAGCCAGGAGACUGCCAAGCUGAUGGCUGACCACAUCACCAUGAAGACAAACCCAUUCAUCUGGUCCGCGUGUAGCCGGGAUUACAUCACCAGCUUCCUGGACUCAGGUAUGGGCUCCUGUCUGAACAACGUCCCCCCUAAGCAGGAGUUUGUGUACCCCACCACAGCACCGGGUCAGGCCUACGAUGCAGACGAACAAUGCCGCUUCCAGUACGGCGUCAGAUCUCGACAAUGUAAAUAUGCGGAAGUCUGCAGUGAACUUUGGUGCAUGAGUAAGAGCAACCGUUGCAUCACCAGCAGCAUUCCCGCUGCAGAGGGAACCAUCUGUCAGACCAACACCAUAGAGAAAGGGUGGUGCUACAAGAGGGUGUGUGUGGCUUACGGGACACGUCCAGAGGGCGUGGACGGGGGCUGGGGUCUGUGGUCACCCUGGGAGGAGUGCAGCAGGACCUGUGGAGGGGGAGUCUCCUCGUCUAUCAGACACUGUGACAGCCCUAGGCCAACUAUUGGUGGAAAGUAUUGUCUGGGGGAGAGAAAGCGCUUCAGGUCCUGCAAUAUCGAUGAGUGCCCUGCAGGCUCUCGGGAUUUCAGGGUGAUUCAAUGCUCUGAUUUCGACAGCGUUCCUUUCCGGGGAAAGUUUUACACCUGGAAGCCAUACAGAGGGGGUGGGGUAAAGCCCUGUUCGCUCAACUGCCUGGCAGAAGGAUACAACUUCUACACGGAGCGUGCUCCAGCUGUGGUGGACGGCACGCCUUGUCGGGACGACUCUCUGGAUGUGUGUGUUAACGGAGAGUGUAAGCACGUAGGCUGCGAUCGGGUCCUCGGUUCGGACGUUCGCGAGGACCGCUGCCGGAUCUGUGGGGGUGACGGGAGCAGCUGCGUGUCUGUGGAGGCACUGUUCAACGACUCGCUGCCUGAAGGAGGUUAUGAAGAGGUGGUCAGAAUUCCUAAAGGAUCUGUGUUCAUCCACAUACAAGAGCUCAACAUCUCCCUGAACUACCUUGUGCUGAAGAGUAAAGGAGACCAGUAUUUCAUCAAUGGGAAGCUGACCAUCGACACGCCUCGCAGGUUCGAUGUUGCCGGUACGACCUUUCACUACAGGCGGCCCACUGAUGGACCAGAAACUCUCGAAGCUCUGGGGCCAACCAACAUAACCCUUAUUGUCAUGGUUCUGGUGCGGGAGGAGAACCCAGGGAUCCACUAUCGCUUCAACCCCCCGCUGAACAGGGAACCUCUCACUGGCUUUGCCUGGCACUACACCUCAUGGUCACGCUGCUCAGCUCUCUGCGCUGGAGGUGUGCAGACGCAGCAGGUGGUGUGUAGGAAGCAGGCAGACCAUUCAGUCGUCUACAAUCACUUCUGUGACAAGAAGAACAAACCCAAAGAGAAGAGAAGAACCUGCAACACUGAGCCAUGCUCCCCAUCCUGGAGGACAGGAGAGUGGUCGGAGUGCAGUCGCAGUUGUAACGGCGGCCUGCAGUCACGGGAGGUAUUGUGUAAGAGGAGGCUCUCUGUGACGGAGGAGAAGGUCCUUGAUGACUCAGCCUGUACAACCCAACGCCCUUCUCUCACCGAGCCCUGCAGCAACCACAGCUGCCCCCCCGAGUGGAUGGCCCUGGACUGGUCAGAGUGCACGCCCAGCUGUGGUCCUGGCUACAGGCACCGUGUGGUCUUGUGCAAGAGGGGGGAGAAUGGUGACAACCUGCCAGAGUCCAAAUGCCCCAAACAUGGCCGGCCCACCUCCAGGGUGCGCUGUAACCUGCAGCGAUGCCCUCCCCCUCAGUGGGUGACGGGUCCCUGGGGAGAGUGUUCUGCCAGGUGUGGUCUGGGUCAGGAGAUGCGUUCGGUGCAGUGUCUGACCCCCACCGGCCAGCCGUCCAAUGAGUGUCUGGAACAUCAGCGGCCAGCGGCCAUGCAGCAGUGCAAGAGCAAAUGUGACCUCAGUCUGCCCAUCAGUACAGACAACCCUGAAGGCCAAAUGUCAAGAGGAUUUAUGUCAUUCCAUACAAGUCGUAUAAGUCUGAACAAUAAAGAGUGUAAAGAUGUGAACACUGUGGCCUACUGCCCCCUGGUGCUCAGGUUCAAGUUUUGCAGCCGGCCAUAUUUCAGACAAAUGUGCUGCAAGACCUGCCAGGGACACUGACCUGGACACUGUGGAGCUCACAGCAUCCAGUUUCUGGGUCCUGUCCACAUUCACAGUAAGCCUGAAACCCUGAGCCUUGUAACAGCAGUCCUCACACAUCCUCUAUCAGAGGAGUGUGAGAUCUAACUGGGACCCUGUCGGACUGACACCUGGUCCUGUUACUGUUAAAGAGGGACCUUUUUUUUCCAGACAGUUUCCAGCACAAACCAGACGACUCUCCGGGCCGAGCUGGGCCAAAUCAGCCUGAGCUGAGUUUUACAUUCCACUGGAGGGAGGGCUGCUUAAACCUGGAGAGACAGAGAGAUGGAGAGAGUAACUUCCCUCCAUCAUCUGUCUUCCCAAUGAUCCCUCUGUUGUAAUAUUUUGGUGCUACUAUAUUUCUCUUUGGCCGCAGGGCUGGUCGCACUACUCUCUUAAACCUGUAUGUUAACAGGUUAUAUUUGUUUAGUUAUAAAAUCCACUUUGUAAAGAAAAUAUUUUUCCAGAUAUCUUUGCCCAUGAAGAGGAAUAUCUAAUGCUAUAAAAUGAAAGAUUUGUUUCUAUGUUAUCUAGUAGUUGUUACUUUAGGCCAUCGCUUCGUUCCGUAUUAACGUAUUCAUCAAGUCCUCGCUGUUAAUCCGCUGAAGUAUGAGCAGAGUUUGAUUUGCACAGUGUCAGCAGUCAGAGGACUAAUGUGUUUUAUGUUUGACUUGAUGUCUCUGUGGAAGCUAUAAAUGUCUCACUGCAGUGAAGCUGCCAUAGUCUUGCCAUUUUAGUUAGUUUGCUUAAAUGUUAUCACCUCUUCAGUAAAACAGACCUUCAUGCUGCACAGGACACACAGAGACACUGCCUCAGUAACAUGAGGGAAGCCAGUGCUGACUGACGUUUUCAGAUUAAUGGAUGCUAUUUUGUGGCUGCAAACUGUUGCAGCUUGUGCAUAAAAUCUUCAAAAAGGAACUUUUAACAGCUUGGCUCAGUGUCAUUAUCUGUAAAUUCUUUUGGGGCUACUGUGAGAAGAUUUCUGCCACGUUUUAUUCUAAAUUAGAGCUCAUUUAAACUUAUCUUCCAGUGUGAGAAUAGCUGACUUUUUUGGCCACAUGGGCCACAACAUUGACAUAUUAUCACCUUUUAAGUUGAUAAGGUGAACUUGUUAGCAAUUAGUUGCUUACACAUCUAGCAUUUUAUGCUUUCAUUCAUAUCCUCAUUUCAUGUGAUAUAAAAUAUUGUUUAUGGCUGCUCUAAUGAAUCAACAGACUUUGUGUAAAGUUGGGUGCUGAAUUCUCUAAAACUUCAAAACCCCUGUGUGAGCCCAUGUCAGCUUUCGCCCGUCUAAAGAUAGUAUUGUGAUUAUGUCACCCUAACGGUCCGUUUCCAUGCUAUUGUUCAGGAAAUGUGUUCCAUCUGAUCAGACUUUUUUUAUAUGCGGUUUCAGCUGUUUCUCCAUCCUAAAUACUUUUAGAAAUGCUGCCUCAGCUGCUCAGAGAUCAGUCAUCACUGUGACAUCCACUGUGUUCUGAUGUGACAAGUUUCUUCACAAACGUUCACACUCCUUACAACUGAAAGCAGCUCUGUGUAACACUACAUCAUUUCAUUGUAAUGAAGCUACAGUUUGUCUUCAAGGGGAUUAGCUGCAAUGUGUUUUUUUUUUUUUUUGUGGUGCUUAGGUUUUGAUUGGUGCUAUUAGUUCACUGUUGUUGUCAUUGUUAUCAAUUUAACAAUUGUGCUUUUAAUUAUUUUGGAAUCAAUUUGAGCCUUUUGUAAUAAUACCAAUCUGCAGAGCUGGACCCCUCGCCCAAGAGGACCCUCUUUUGGUUUGUUUGUUCAUUUCUAUCAGAAUAUAUGCUUGUAAUUUACACUCUGUCUUGGUUUAAGUGGCUAGUUGUGCCUCAAAAUUCCCAUAAUGCCGCUUACCAUGCAAAUUGUAGAAUUAUAUCAAAUACUGGAACAAUUUCUGAAUGGGCACUGUACAAAAUAUUGGUAUUUCCAAGCUUAAUUUACAAUUUGGAGAUUAUUAAAAAAACAACUAUUUUUGAGGUAUUAAACAAACGUUUUGGGAACACUUUAACAAAUUUUGGCCACUCAAAAGUCAUAAAGUCUGCUAAUCCAUCCACGGCAGCAUAGAAACAAUAUUUAAUUUUAAAUGUUCAUACAGUUCAUUUGUAUGGCAUCAGAGUGUUCAGCUUACUCAACCCUGCAGUUUUCCAUGUUGAAAUACCAUUUGUAUAAUUUUCAGUUGCACAUAAAGUUUCAGAAGAUAUAUCUUUUUUCAGUGUCUCAAAGGCAUUUAUUUUCUCUGUAUCUACCUGUGCCUAUAACUUAAGUUCACACUGAGAGGUGAGCCUGUUUAUCUGAGUAAAUAAGAGGGACAGUACCGGUAGUUGUUGUUUUUGUUUUGUCACAUGCUAAUUAUAACAUGACAUGUACUGUAUGUUUUCAAUACUUUAGAAGAUGAAUCCAUUUCCCCCCAUGUACAUCUUUUUAAAAGGAAAUAUUAAAUUGAUUA